AUGAAAAUUGAACCCCCCAUUUAUUCUAAGCGCAAUAAAUUACUUCUCUAUUUCUUAAUAUUAUCUUUUUUGUUCCAAAAUAGUAGCAAUAAUAAUAGUAAUAAUAAUAGUAAUGGUAUUUUCUGUUUUGAUGUAGCCUUGACAACAAGUAACAGCAAGGCAAAUACUAUCAGGCUAAAUAAAGUAAUAUCUGUCAGCAGGAAUAUUUCGAGGAGAAAAUCAGAUAAGUUUAUACAAGAUGGUAAUGUAAAAAUAAACAAUAAAAUUAUACUUAACCCAGGUACACAUGUAGAUAUUACAAAAGAUAGACUAAAAAUAUGUGAAAGAAAAAUUGACAUACAGAAUAUAAAAAAUUUAAUAAAUGGAAAUUCCAGUAAGUCAUUUAAGUGGUUUGUUUUGCAUAAACCCAAAGGUUUAUUAUGCACAACUAGUGAUGAAAAAAAUAGAAGAUCCAUAUUUUCUCUUUUUCCUGAGGAUCUUUUACAAAAAUAUCGUUUGGUAUCCGUAGGAAGAUUAGAUAGAAACACUUCCGGAGUCCUACUACUAACAAAUGAGUAUGCCUGGGUUAAUAGACUAACGCACCCAAAGUAUCAAAGAAUAAGAACAUAUAGGGUUCACAUUGAGGGACCUGUUAAAAUGAGUUCUCUUAAAGAACUAGCUGCAGGUGUGUAUAUAGAACAUGAUGAUGACAAGAAAAAAGAAAAAAAGAAAAAAACACAACCUGCUUUUAUUGAAAUACUUCGAGAAGAAUGUGUAAAAAUACAGGAUAAAAUGAAAAAAGUAAGUGUAUUAAAUAUAAGUAUAAAAGAAGGAAGAAACAGACAAAUCAGAAAAAUGUUUGAACAAAUAAAUCAACCAGUAAUAAAAAUAAAGAGAAGCGCUUUUGAAAAUAUAACUUUGAAAGAUAUAUUUUUUCCUAAGCAAUACAGGGAAUUGACACAAAAAGAAGUCUCAAAUUUAAAGACGAGGAGCUUUUAG